UGUCGAGGUUCAGACAAGUUGUCGAAAGGCUACGGUUUCGAGGGCACAGGUGUCUGGCCGCGGUCCAAGGACAGGAGACUCGAACGGGAUUGGAUCGCGUGCAGACAGAUCCUGAACAGCGUGGCGCGAACAAGUGACUAAUCCUGGAGAUUCGGAGUGACAGUUCCUCGACAGCGUGGUCCCGAGAGCAGAGAUCGGUCGUCAUUGGAUAUAGCGUGUUCACUCUCCGAUACGGUAUCUCUGUUCGGUUCUCCAACGAGCGCCCGCUUCGAUCAGUGUCUCCCUCGGACUGGUGAUUACUCGGUUUGGUGAACGCUUCUCGGAACGGAGGAACAGUGCUGUGACAGCGUUUGUGGCGUUUUGUGAGCGAAACACCGGUGGGCGCGAACGCGCUGAGAUGACGGUGACCACUAACUUUUCGAUGAUGCGACCCUGCUUCACUGGAUACCCCUUUCAAGAUUUGGGAUCGAUUCCAGGUCAGGGACGCGUCAAUCAGCUCGGUGGCGUUUUUAUAAACGGUCGCCCGCUACCGAAUCACAUACGUCUGAAAAUCGUCGAGAUGGCUGCUGCGGGCGUCAGGCCCUGCGUUAUUUCAAGGCAAUUGAGGGUGUCGCACGGUUGCGUAUCGAAGAUUCUAAAUCGAUACCAGGAAACAGGAAGUAUCAGACCAGGGGUGAUCGGCGGCAGCAAGCCGAGAGUAGCCACACCGGAAGUCGAGGCCAGGAUCGAGGAAUACAAGCGCGACAAUCCGGGUAUUUUCUCCUGGGAAAUUCGUGACAGGCUUAUCAAGGAAGGAAUUUGCGACAGGACCAGCGCUCCGAGCGUCUCUGCGAUUUCCAGGCUUCUCAGAGGACGAGAUCCAGAGGACGAGACGAAGCUUGGCGAUGGCAAGACCAGUUCCGGUUCCGACUGCGAGAGCGAGCCAGGAAUUCCUCUGAAGAGGAAGCAACGCAGAAGCAGAACGACCUUCACUGCCCACCAACUGGACGAGCUAGAGAGGGCUUUCGAGAGGACCCAGUACCCAGACAUCUACACCAGAGAGGAACUGGCGCAGAGGACCAAGUUAACGGAAGCCAGGAUUCAAGUUUGGUUCAGUAACAGAAGAGCAAGACUGAGGAAGCAGCUGUCUUCCACCACUUCUGGUGGUUACGUUAGCUCGGUGGCCUAUCCCACGGCUUCUUACGUUCUUCAUCCUCCAGGAGCACCUCAUCCUCAUGCUGCCGCUACGGUUCCUCCGAGUCAUCCGCAUCCCCAUUCUCACGGACAGUCCCUACCAGACACCACGUUCUCGUCCAGUCAAGUUCCAGAGCUGUACGCUUCGCAUCAUAGUACGAUGUCUCAUCAGCUGACGCCAGAUUCGGCCCGGCUACCCUCUUCCGUCGGUUCUACACCGAGUUAUGGUCUGCCACCGUCGGUUACCUACCCAAGCUCGCUUUUACCACCUACAUCGUCGACUAGUAUGAGCCACAUGACCCACCAGGGAUCCCCCGUGACUCCUGCGUCUGGGUCAAGCUACCAGCAGCCGAGCAGCCACCAACUUCCACCGACUCCCAACUCGUUGGUGACUAUGAUGGGUCCGAAUUCAGGCAAUUCGAACCAGUCGUCCGACCAAUUGACCUCGUCGGAUCUACCGAUAAGCUCGGUGUCGCCGGUGCAGCAGCAACAACAGCAACAACAGAGUAGCCAAGGGAGCACAUCGCCCUCGUGGAAUCUUCCAAUUACCAGCGGUGGAAGAGUCGGACUUCCUAGUCCACCUACCAGCUUGCAACAACCUCACGCGCACCCCACUCACCCCCAUCAAGCUUUUGCGAGCCACUAUGGCGCUCAGGGUUUCCAACAACCCCCUAGACCAGCACCCCAUCAACCGUUUUACAGUUGGUACUGAGGCGAUGUGUAUGUUUGGGGUAGAUCGAAGGCUAUCGAAGCUGAGUGAUAAUAAGUUCAUAGUGGCUUAGACAUGAUUUAAAAAUGUUCAAAUGCAACUGCCAACUGGUUUGGCUUGUGCAUGUUGAAGCCAUGCCAUUUUUUUAAGCGUUCAAAGUCGCGUGCUCGGACCUUCAAUUGGUAGAACGUAGUUGAAAUGAAUUAAGCUGUUAAAUUGUUUAAUUGUUUCUCUCUUUGAAACUUUGUAUAUUGUAUCUAUAAUCGAGGCGUUUUGGAUGGAGUUCAGCAGAGUAGAUGAAAUUAAUUUUUAAGUUGAGGUAUCUUUAAGGGAUGAAGUCUUUGCUGCAAGGAGUAAGGGAGGAUAGGGAGCAUAACGCAUGUAACGCGAUAAAAGGAACCAAGUUGUAAGAAGAAUAUAAGUGUACAAGGGGAGAAUGGUACAAGUCGUUUAUUAUAUAGAUCGCAGAGCGUUUAGAUAAAAGAAAAUAAUCGCGAGUAAUAUUGGCAACAUCAGGAAAUGAUGUGAAAUUCGUAAAGAGACAAUUUAAGCAAUUGGACUGAACUAAAUCUACUGUAAACUCUUUUCGCACGUAAUUAUUCGAUUGAUUAUUCUAAAUACGAAAUAUCGAUUUGUUGCCAUAGAAUGUUACCGAAGAUGUGGCUGUACGUGACCAUAAUUAUGGCAAAUAUCAAUCACAAGUAUCGUGGUGCAUUGAUGUAAUUAUGAUCACUUAAUCGAUUAAUAAUUUAUUCUACCAAUUGAGGGUUAAAGAGCUCAGAUAUGUAAACAAAGAUACUUAGCAAUUCUCGAUUACUGUAUGCAGGGUGACGUAUGUAUACAUGUAUUGUCUGCAUGCAAGAUUGAAAUGUCCUUAUCCAGAUCGUCUUUUGUUGUAGAUAAAUAGACAGUGUGUAGAUGUAGCUAUUUAUUUAAACAUUUUGUGAGAGACAUCGACGACAACAGAGAAUUAAAAAUGGAAUUGCGUGCAUGUUGCAUCGAACAAAUGAUUGCAGAACUGAAAAAUGCAAAUUUGUUGUAAAUUGCAAUGCAAACGUACGUUUUAGCACAGUUAUUUAUUUUAAUCAUUUAUGAGAGAAAUUAAGAUUACCAGAAUUGGGAAACAUGGUAAAUUCAAUCGAAAUCAUAAUCGUAUUUUCAUUAGGAUAAAAUGGAAAUACAUUCAUUAAUUACAAAUUGAUUAACGUUCUUUAGUAACCACAUGUUUCAAUUUUUCAUAUAGGAUCAUUUGCAGUAGGAUUAAGAUUGGAACAUUGAAAAUAUUUUAUGCGAAAUUUAAAUUACACGUUAACAGAAUUUAAACAGUCUCUUUACAACUGCAAAGAAAGGAGCGAACCAUAAUGGACAUACAAGCAGUUACGCUUGACUUAGGAAAAUGAAACAAGCCAAGCCAAUAAAUCCAUUAAGUAUUUAAGUUUUAAAUUUAGGUCGAUAAUGUAACAUCGUCGUUGUAUAAAAGUUAGAAUAAUGAAUCUUUUUAAAAUCUUCCUAGCCUCGGGGACGAACGAGUCCAGUGAUUGUAUCUAUGUUUGCGCAAUCUGAAAAUGUAAAUAUUAAAGUUAAGAUUGGCGCACGCUGUCAACACUUGGAGACAGUUUGCAGGCGACUGUCGUAAAAAAUAACGCGAGAGUUUCUUACUUGUAACAAUUGUACAUUCUCUUACUUUGUAUAGCUUAAAUUAAUACCGUAGUUAGUUAAUUA